AUGUCGAUUGAACUUUCUGAGAAUCAGAGCUGUUACAUACUUGCUCUGAGGAUGCUAGAUCUGAUGCUUGCAUCUGAUGAAGAUGCAAAUCUGAUUGCUGUGUUUGAUGAACAAGAACCACUCCACAAGAUUGAGAGCCCUGGUGGAAACCCCGCAGGCCCACAGACCCCAGACGCCUUUGAGACGGAAGUGGCUGCCCAGUUGGCUGCAUUUAAACCAAUUGGUGGGGAGAUCGAAGUAACCCCUUCUGCUCUGAGAUUAGGCACUCCACUGCUGGUGAGGAGAAGCAGUGACCCAGUGCCAGGCCCACCCGCUGAUGCCCAGCCAAGUGCUUCACAAUCCGGUGGCCAGAGUCUGAAACCUGUUACUCUAGAUUCCACACAGAACUUAGAAGAUGGAGAAGUUAUGAAUGGUGUACAGACAGAACUACUGACAUCGCCGAAAACCAAGGAUGCAUUGAGUGAUAUGACCAGAACAGUGGAGAUUUCUGGGGAAGGUGGCCCCUUGGGAAUACAUGUAGUGCCUUUCUUUUCAUCUCUGAGUGGAAGGAUUCUAGGACUUUUCAUCCGCGGCAUUGAAGAAAACAGCAGGUCCAAGCGGGAGGGACUAUUUCAUGAAAAUGAAUGUAUUGUAAAAAUCAACAACGUGGACCUCGUAGACAAAUCCUUUGCUCAGGCUCAAGAUGUCUUCCGUCAGGCAAUGAAAUCCCCGAAUGUUCUCCUUCACGUGCUUCCACCUCAAAACCGUGAACAGUAUGAGAAAUCAGUCAUCGGACCACUUAACAUUUUUGGUAACAACGAUGGUGUUUUGAGAACAAAGCUGCCGCCUCCUGUGCAUGGAAUAUCCGGAAUAAAAACAGUGAAUCUCACAGGAACAGGGAGUCCUGAAGAAGAUGCAGUGACUUCCCUGCAACAAAGCAAGAGCCCCCGAGUCCCAAGACUGGGUAGAAAGCCAUCCUCUCCCUCACUCUCCCCUCUCAUGGGGUUUGGCAGCAAGAAAAAUGCAAAGAAAAUUAAGAUUGACCUAAAGAAAGGCCCUGAAGGACUGGGUUUCACUGUUGUUACCAGAGACUCUUCCAUACAUGGGCCUGGUCCCAUUUUUGUAAAAAAUAUUUUACCAAAGGGAGCAGCAAUAAAAGAUGGCCGCCUGCAAUCAGGGGACAGAAUUUUGGAGGUAAAUGGCAGAGAUGUCACUGGACGAACUCAGGAAGAGCUCGUGGCCAUGCUGAGGAGCACCAAGCAGGGAGAGACAGCAUCGCUGGUCAUCGCCCGUCAAGAAGGAACUUUUCUUCCCCGAGAGCUGAAAGGAGAGCCUGACUGCUGUGCCCUCUCCCCGGAAACAACUGAGCAACUCACCUUCGAGAUCCCCCUGAAUGAUUCAGGUUCUGCUGGUCUUGGCGUGAGCUUGAAAGGGAACAAAUCUCGAGAAACUGGAACAGACUUGGGGAUUUUUAUCAAAUCCAUCAUCCACGGAGGCGCUGCUUUUAAGGAUGGUCGUCUGCGGAUGAAUGACCAGCUGAUUGCUGUAAAUGGGGAAUCUCUUUUGGGAAAGUCCAAUCACGAAGCUAUGGAGACACUGAGGCGAUCAAUGUCCAUGGAGGGAAACAUUCGAGGGAUGAUCCAGUUAGUGAUUCUGCGGAGGCCAGCGAGACCAAUGGAGGAGCCUGCUGAGUGUGGGGCAUUUUCUAAGCCAUGCUUUGAGAAUUGUCAAAACACUAUAACCACCUCCAGGAGAAAUGAUAAUAGUUCACUACAUCCAUUUGGCACUUACAGUUCACAAGACAAACAGAAAGAGCUCUUGCUUCCCAGUGACGGAUGGGCCGAGGAUGAAGUACCGCCUUCUCCACCACCACAUCCCAUUCUGGAAUUGGGCACUGAAGAGUACAGCCACAGCUCUGGGGUGGAUUCGACAGUGUAUUUUCCAGAUCAGCACACCCACUUCAGAUCUGUGACACCGGCCAGGCAGCCUGAAUCAAUGAAUCUGAAAGCCUCAAAGAGCAUGGACCUUGUGCCAGAUGAAAGCAAAGUCCACUCACUGGCUGGUCACAAAUCGGAAUCUCCAAGCAAAGAUUUCGGUCCAACCCUGGGUUUGAAAAAGUCUAGUUCCUUGGAGAGUCUACAGACCGCAGUCGCCGAGGUCAGGAAGAACGAACUUCCCUUCCACAGACCCCGGCCGCACAUGGUUCGUGGCCGCGGCUGCAAUGAGAGCUUCCGAGCAGCCAUUGACAAAUCCUACGAUGGACCCGAAGAGUUAGAAGCCGACGGUCUGUCUGAUAAGAGCUCUCGCUCCGGCCAAGGAGCUCUGAAUUGUGAAUCUGUCCCUCAGGGGAGCUCUGAGCUAGAGGACGUGGAAAAUAAAGCCAGGAAAAUCAAAAAACCAAAAGAGAAGGAGAAGAAGAAGGAAAAGGGCAAACUGAAAGUCAAGGAGAAAAAGCUGAAAGAGGAAAAUGGAGAUCCAGAAAGGAAAAUAAAGAAGAAAGGAUUUGGUGCCAUGCUGAGGUAUGGACCUGCUCUGAAAGUACCACAGGCUUUGUGGUGCUUUUUGGCUUCUCCUGAAGCAGAAGGAGCCUUCUUGGGUGGCUCGGGAAGUUCAUGGUGA